AGAUUGCAAAGAAGUUGCUGAGAAUUAAUUCUAUUUUUAUAGUAGUUAUAGUUAGUUUUUGUGAAAAUUGCGACAAUAAAACGAAGACAAAAGGCAAAAUCUUUUAGUGUUACGCAACCCUAAACUAAAAACUGUUUUUUUUUUUGUCUUUCGUGCGGCGAGGUAAAAGAAAAAGUUCCGCACAAUUUGCGGGCGCCUUCGGCAUCGAACUCAUCCAUUUUCGAAGCAUAUGCAGCUGGGCCCUCCCAUUCGGCGCCCCUCAACUACAGCUAGAAACUCUUCUAAAUGCGGAAAUAUUUUGUAAAAAGAAAAGCUGAUCAAUUUCAUAAAAACAGAUGCAUCAUCUGUACCCAUCGCUGAAGGGCGAUCAAUUGUGCCCGCUCGGGUUUCAUCCACAAACACGUUAUCCUACGCGAUGUAAGCGCUGCUUUCGUGACUAUAAGGAACAUGGAGCUCGGAGACCUGGCGAAGAAGUGGCCGCUUCUUCGCCAAAUCUCUCCGAUGCCCAAAAUGCGCGGCCAUCUUCGCGUACAUGGACAUCAACGCAAAAUUUGACCAGCGUCAAUUUAAAUAACAGUAAUGAUAUAGUUGUUCACUUCAAUGUAGAGCUAAAGAAACGUCCCCAAUCCUGGGCCUCGACACCGGACAUCGAUGAGGUGGCCGAUCAGGCAAAACGUUCCACUAUCACCGGAACUCGAACAGCCGAAGAUCAUAAUGUGGCUGUUACGGUUAAAUUGCCCGUGGCACCACGGCGUCAUACGACUGCCUUGGACAUCAAAGAGGUGGAAAACACUCUUACUCAUAAUCGAGUUACCGCCUCCCCUAGUAAAACUUCAAGUAUUCCAGAUGAGCUUGUCAUCCUAUCGACGGACAGUCUUGCAGAGCGUGUACGCAAAAUGAAUCUCCUGAAAAAACAGCGUAGUUUGAAUUCAAGGGAAUCAAGCCGAGAGCGUUCUGUUCCACGGAAAGAAGAAGAUAGUGAGCCAGCAGCACCACCUCCAGAUCGACCCGAACGUAGCAAGUCAGGAACAUCACUCAAUGUACCGGCGGAAUUGAAACGUGCUUCUCUGCCACCUAAAAAAGUGUCCGUAGCCACUACAACAGCAGCAAGCAGUGCAAUGACCAACAGCAGUUCAUCAUCUUCGUUGACCAACAACGAAAUGAAAGUAGCAGCAUCCGCCACUUCCUCCACAUCAUCCUCAGUUUCAUCAUCCUCGACAACACGCCGCAAAGAAGUGAGUGAAAGUGUGACCAGCAAGGAAAUCAAAAGACAGACUCUACCCGCCAUGACGCCAGCGAAAUCAUCUGCCCUAACUUCAAAGGUAGAGAGUCAUACGGUGCAGGAACAGAUGACGAAACUACAAGUCGAUCUGGAAGCCAUGAAAUCACGGGCCGAACGUGCUGAACGUGAGAAAAGCGAUAUACUACUCCGGCGAUUGGCCUCAAUGGACACUGCUUCGAAUCGUACUGCCGCCUCGGAAGCUCUCAUUCUUCAGCAAAAGCUGAACGAUAUGAAGGAGCAACUGGAUCGGGUUACCGAAGAUAAACGCAAGCUGAACCUACGUCUGAAAGAGGUCGAACACAAAGGCAAUGAAUCGGAGCUAAGGCGUAAAUUGCAGGCUGCCGAGCAAAUAUGCGAAGAGUUGAUGGAAGAGAAUCAGGCUUCCAAAAAGGAAAUACUCAAUCUUCAAGCUGAGAUGGAUGAGGUGCAGGACACAUUUCGGGAUGACGAGGUCAAGGCCAAGACAAAUUUACAAAAGGAUCUGGAGAAGGCAACCAAAAAUUGUCGAAUUCUUAGCUUUAAGCUGAAGAAAAGUGAUCGCAAAAUAGAAACGCUCGAGCAGGAGAGACAAAGUUCCUACAACGCGGAACUUGCUGCCAAGGUCAAAAAACUGGAGGAAGAAUUACGAUUUUCCAGUGAGCUUACCAGAAAAUUGCAGGCCGAGGCAGAUGAGCUGCGUAAUCCCGGCAAGAAGAAAGCUCCCAUGCUGGGUGUUUUAGGCAAAUCAACCUCAGCCGAUGCCAAAAUUACACGCGAAUCCUUAACACGUGGUGGCUCUCAGGAGGAUCCACAGCAUUUGCAGCGUGAACUUCAAGACUCCAUUGAGCGCGAGACUGAUCUAAAGGACCAACUUAAGUUUGCCGAAGAAGAGAUUCGUAGAUAUCGUCGUCGUUUGGCAAAGCCAAAACUAUUUAAUCGCGGCACUCAAACAUCUGAAUUGAAUGAGGAGCCAUUAGCUUUUCCUCGUUCCACACAGACUGUGAGCGUCAGCUACACGGAUGCCGCCACAGGCAUGGAAUAUCAUGAAUCUCGAUCUAGUGAACGCGAAACCACUCCUUCUCCGUUUGUAGCUCUAUUUCCAUCAACAGCACCAAACACUUCCACAUCUGCCAGAGGAGUCAUUCGCAAUUCCCAGUCCUUACUCUUUCCUAGCGCCAUUUCACAUAUUCUUCUGACUGGGGCAGGGACAGCUGGUCGCAAACUCAGUCCUACACCACAUGCCCUUCAUCGCCUGGCCCCCGAGGUCCACGCUGAACGUGAUGAAGGCAUCUCUGAUGAAGACGAUCCAGCCGAGCUGCGUAUUCUCCUAGAGCUAAAUGAACAAGAAGCUUCCAUAUUGCGCCUCAAAGUUGAAGAUCUGGAGAAGGAGAAUGUUGAAUCGAAAAAAUAUGUUCGGGAAUUGCAAGCCAAAUUAAGCUCGAAUGGCAAUGCAAAGCCGUCGCUUCUAAGUUUUGGUACUUCAUCCAGUGCAGCGGAUAAGAAAGUAAAGUUAUUGAACGACGAGUUAAGCCAAUUGAAGAAAACAUUACAAGAGCGAGAGAAAACUUUGGAAUCCAUGAAGGAUCAGCUGACCAAAAUAAGUACUCUGGAGGCCGAGAAUAAGCGACUGCAGAGCAAAGGCGAUGGCGAUGCAAUCAAAUUGAAAGAGUCUUUAAGCCUGGUCCAAAAGGAACGUGAUGAACUGACGGCACGACUCAAGCGCAUGCAAUUGGAGGCAGAAUCCAAGCUGCCGGCUCGAACAGCCAAACGUGUAAGUGACUUGACACCCAAGAGUCAUCUUAAGAAAUGGGUAGAAGAGCUCGAAGAUGAGAUCGGUGAGCUGAGAAUAAUGCUUAGCUCAACUGGCACCGAUCAAGUAAAGGCUCUGCAAACAGCCAAGAACUCCUUGGAGGAGGAAUUGCAAAAGUAUAAGCAAAAACUAACACUGGCCGAGGGAGAUGUACAAAGGUUAAAGCAAUUGAAACUCACCGAAAUGGAACAAAAGGUCAAGAAGAGUGAUGAAGAGUCCAAGAAGUUGAACACCAAACUUAAAGAACUCGAAGAAAAGCUAAAGAAACAGGAUGCACAGCUUAAGCUAAAUGAAACCAGCAAAUCCUCUCUGGAAACACAAACAAAACGUGAGAAGGAGAAACUUUCAACCGUAGAGAAGGAUCUCGAAAAGCAAAUGAAGGAAAAGGAAAAACUGGAAACGAAAAUCAGUCAAUUAGACGCUGAAUUAUUAAGUGCCAAAAAGUCGGCAGAGAAAUCAAAAACCUCGCUAGAGAAAGAGAUUAAAGACUUAAAGACGAAGGCCAGUAAAUCGGAUAGUAAACAAUUGCAAGAGCUCAAAAAGCAAGUGGAGGACUCUCAAACCGCAUUGAGUGCGGAACAGAAGCGUUAUGAGGAUCUCAAUACACAUUGGGAGAAAUUGUCAGAGGAAACCAUUUUGAUGCGUGCCCAAUUAACCACCGAGAAGCAAUCCCUGCAAGCCCAGCUCAAUAGUCAAAAGCAAAAGCUCUCCGAAAUGGAUACCAUACGCAUUGAACGCACUGACAUGGCCAGGAAAUUGAGUGAGGCUCAAAAGAAAAUCAAUGAACUCGAGGUCAAGACCCUGAAAACUGGCAAUAGCAGUGAAUACGAAAAGACUGUCCUGAAGAAUAAGCUAUCAGAGAAGGAGCAUGAAUACGAACGUCUGCGUAGAGAGAAUGAGAUGAAUAUUGAUUUAGUAUUUCAAUUGCGCAAGGAUAAUGAUGAUCUAAAUGGAAAACUGAAUGAUUUUAAUCGGAUAGAGCAGGCUCAAUCAUCGCUAAAUGGACACGGUGCCCGACGUGAAGCAGAGAUUCUGGAGCUCAAGCAACAAUUACAGAGCACAGAACUACAAAUGAAGUCAGAGGUCGCCACAACCCGUUUACGUUACGAGCAGCAGGUGAAAAAUCUUAGUGGUGAGCUCAAUUCAAUGCAGCGCCAAUGUGAACGCUUUAAGAAAGAUCGCGAUGCCUUUAAGCAAAUGUUGGAGGUGGCACAAAAGAAAAUUGGCGAUCUAAAAGCCAAUAAUACGGGUCGACAGAGUCGUGGGUCUAUGCAUAGCAGCGAUGAUGAUGACAAGAGCAAGAUUGCUUAUCUGGAGCAACAAAUUGGACACUUGGAAGAUCAAUUGGUGGAGUCUCGACUAGAGUCGAGUAAAGUUAAGACCGAACUUGUGUCCGAGCGGAGUGCAAAUGAAAUUAAAAUAUCCGAAAUGCAAUCGAAACUCAAUGAGUUUGAAGAGGAGCGAGUCAUUGGCUCGGGCAGUACCAAAUUGCCGGGCAUGAAAACCAAACUGGAGUUAUCCUGGCAAAAGGAGCGUGAGGAUCAACAGCGUCUGCUACAAGAGACAUCCACAUUGGCCCGCGACUUGAGGCAAACUCUGUUUGAGGUCGAACGUGAGCGGGAUAAGGAGCGUUUAGAAUCGAAGCGAAAAUUGGAUCAAAUCAAACGUGCCACCGAAGAGGAAAUGGAGGAGGGACGCAAGAAGAUAGCCGAAUUGCAAUGUGAUCUAUUGGAAUUGAGGGAUGUUCAUGCCAAGCUGCGAACCUCCAAUGAGAAACUACGCCGAGAGCGUGAACGCUAUGAAAAAGAGCUAAUCAAGCGGCGUCUAGAGCACGACGGUGGCGAACGAAAAGUGGGAGCACUUCUACAAACGGUCGACGAACUGGUUAAAAUUGCACCAGACCUUAAAAUGGUUGGUGGGGCAUCUUCAAGAUCAAAUAAUACGCCUGCCUAUGAUAAUACCUUAAGACCCGAGCAGGCAAAUGUGCGACGUAGUCGCAGUCCAUCGCCUACACUAAAUAGCUCUCAGAUCACCAGCGUAUUGGCCCGUUUGGCAGAGGCCUCCGAAGAACUGCGCAAGUUCCAGCGCCUGAACGAGGAUGAACAGGAGCGUAGUCGGAUGAGACGAGGUAAUCUAAGACGUGCUGCCUCACAGGAGAAUGAUCAUCAUGGAAGCACCAGCUCUGUGGCCAGUGCGGCUGGUUCACAACGUGGCGGAGGACGUUUAUCACGGAAUUCCUCCAACAAUGGCAGUCUAAUACGCAAGAGUUUAUCUCUCGAUCACUCCAUACAAAGGGAUCAGAACAUUUGGCGACAAGAUGAUGGUAGUGUAUCCUCAAUGCAAUCUAUUGACUCCGAACUGGGUGGAUUGGUGCGUGAUUCCAGUUUGGACUCACGUUUAGACUCCCGCCUGUCGGGCGGCUCCACACAAAGUGACAUACCAAGAGGACCACGUAAGAAAAAGAAGGGUAUUAUGGGCAAGCUACGCAGCCUGACAAAAAGUAGUCGCAAUUCCGAGAGUGAAAUAUCUAUUCAAGGAUCCGAUUCUGACAUCAGUGUUGCUAGCGACAUGAGAUCCAGUAAAAAGGAUAUUCGUGGACGUUUCUCUGGCAUUUUUAAGCGUUCGGGUUCCAAUUCCCGCAGUGAGAGCAUAGAACGCGCUAGUUCUGAGCAAAGACCUGUAGCAGUCACUGUAGUUGGCCAUCCAGAUGGUCCCCAACCACGAGAGCCGCCACCUGCCAAUUCCUUAACACCCAAACCAAUACGUUCGAUGCCAAGACCCCCAAGUGGCACCACACCCGUCACACCAACCACAAGACGACGCCAAGCCAAGUAGUCCAUCGACAGUUUUUGAAUAGGUUCUCAUUUGUAAUCAUAGCUUAGAUUCGUUUGUCGUUAUCCCUCUCAUACAAGUUCCAGUUCAUUAUUUUUUUUCAAUUUAUAUAGUGCGUAGAUUUGAAUAUUGUUUUUGCUUUUUUUCUCAUCAUAAUUUCUUAAAAUAAAAUAAAUGCAUCUUUUUAUGAAAUCCGUAAAA